UCCCCGGAGUGGGGUGCUCAGGCUGAUGGGGGCGGAGCUCUGAGCCAGGAGAACGGCGCUGCCCAGGACUCAGCGGGAAGGGAGGUGCUGGGUGGCGUCAAAUCUGCCAAAAAACAACUUUGUGGUCGGAGUCAAGGGAGAGAAAGGGGGAAGGGAUGGGUGAGGGGUAGAUCCUGGCUGAGAGGGGCAGGGUGCAGGCCCUGCUUCUGCUCCUGAACGCCUUCCUGUUCACAGCGUGAAUUCCGCCCGCACCUGCUGAGCACAGAGCUGGACCUGGCCGGCUGAGGAGCACCUGAGCGACCUGCCGCCCCCAACUGGACCCCAGGACGCAUGGCUCUUCCCAGCUUUGGUGGCCCACAGAGUGGGUGUUGCUUGGGACCCUCCCGGUCCUGGGGAAGACAGAGCAGCCCGAGGGGUCCCAGCCGCCACUGAGCCUGGCAGGAGGCUCAUGGAGACCUCCCUCCUUCGGCCUCCCUCCCAGAACAGCCUCGCCACGACCUCCUGCCCCUCCUGCCCUCUGGGUCCUCGGAAGAACAGCCCUGCGACCUCGGACACUGCAGACCCACGUGCAGCCCUGGCUCCCUAAUCGGAUCCAGGCUGGGGACAAGGCUUCAGUCUCCUCGGGAGAAGCGACAGGGCCUUUAGAGGGUGCCUUUCAUCUCCCCUGUCCCCCUUGAGACAUCAAGAGGAUGCGGCCAGCAGGCGUAGGUGACAGGGGCACAGGAGAUCUGCGGAAAGCCUCCCAGGACCUGCUGGCAGCCUCUCCAGCCCCAGCCUCACCCCCCUCCUUCCUCAAGUUUUGAUCAUCCUUCAGACCCUGGGGGGCCACGGCUGCGGUCCCGGUCCCCUGGGCUCCCAAAGGCGACUUCCUGUGGCUCUCCGGAAGCCCUGGCCCUGGGAGGCCCAAGGAGAGUCUGGCACCAUGGGACCACGAGGCCCCACCUUCGGGACCGUGGCCUCUGACGCUGCUGCUGCUCCCCGGCACUGAGCUGGAUCCGCGCACUCGGCCCGAUGGGCUCCCUUCAGCUCUGCCAAUGCCAGCCGCCCAGGAUGAGUGAGGCCUGGGCUCGGCUUCCCUGGCCCGGAGGUGCCGGCUGCCCAGUCCUGUGCACCUGCCAUGACCAGGUGGUGGACUGCAGCGGCCAGCGGCUGUUCUCAGUGCCCCCCGACCUGCCCAUGGACACGCGCAACCUCAGCCUGGCCCACAACCGCAUCGCCGCCGUGCCGCCCGGCUACCUCACCUGCUACAUGGAGCUCCGCGUGCUGGACCUGCGCAACAACUCCCUGCUGGAGCUGCCCUCGGGCCUCUUCCUCCACGCCAAGCGCCUGGCGCACCUAGAUCUCAGCUACAACAACCUGAGCCACGUGCCGGCCGACAUGUUCCGGGCGGCCCACGGGCUCGUGCACAUAGACCUGAGCCACAACCCCGGGCUGCGCAGGGUGCACCCCCAGGCCUUCCAGGGCCUGGUGCAGCUCCGGGACCUGGACCUCAGCUACGGGGGCCUGGCUUUCCUCAGCCUCGAGGCGCUCGAGGGCCUGCCAGGCCUGGUGACCCUGCAAAUCGGGGGCAACCCCUGGGUGUGCGGCUGCACCAUGGAGCCCCUGCUCAAGUGGCUUCGGAACCGGAUCCAGCGCUGCACAGCGGACUCCCAGCUGGCUGAGUGCAGGGGGCCCCCCGAAGUCGAGGGUGCGCCCCUCUUCUCCCUCACAGAGGAGAGCUUCAAGGCCUGCCACCUGACGCUGACGCUGGACGAUUACCUCUUUAUCGCGUUCGUGGGCUUCGUGGUCUCCAUUGCGUCUGUGGCCACCAACUUCCUGCUGGGCAUCACUGCCAACUGCUGUCACCGCUGGAGCAAGGCCAGCGAGGACGAAGAGAUCUGACGGAGGUUCCAAGGGUGCCCCGGCCGCCUCCGUGGUGGUUCAAGCACAGUCAGGACCUCAGGUGGUACGAGCACCCUUUGCUGGGUGGGACCCUGGACUGGGAAUAAGAGGUCCACCCAGUCCUGCCUCCGGGCGCCGCCUGGUAGAGGAGAGAGCUGAGAUUGUCCCUCGGUGGCCACACAUCCGUACUCCGAGCACCAAGUUACAGCAGCCCGGGGCAGGGCCCACGCCUGGGCCUCACGGAGUCCAAGAAGAACAGGCGUGGACUGACAGGCGUGGGCUUUGUCAUCUGCUUUGCCACCGUGCACCCUGGGGGCGGCAAGGCCUCCACACUGGCCCCUCCGUCUCCUGCAGGCAGCCGCGGCCAGGCGAGACCCCUCCUGGAGAGGGCCCCAUGCCACCUCUCAGCCUCCCAGCCUGGCCCUGCCACUCACCCUGGCCUUGGGGUCUCUCCAGGGAGCUGGCCAGGGCCCGCAGACCCACGGCAUGACACCCCCAGGGCUGGAGUGCGACGGCGCCCCUCCCCCACUCACCUCCUGCCUCACAGCCACGGAGGGCCAGGCGCAGACCGGUGGGGUCACUGCUGCUUUAGAAUUCGAGAAAGUCUGAUGCUUCUGCUGCCCCUCCCGCACUGGGGACCACCCCACACCCCCUAAAGCUACAUAAAUUCAAAUCCCAGUAGUGCGCAUGAUGCCAGCUCGGGCCAGGCACAGCUCUGGGCAGUUUUACAGCCAUUAACUCAAUCCCAUCAGUUCUUACAACAUGGGGUGCCCUGACCCCCACUUUGCUGAUGACUCGGGGGUAGGGAGCCGAGGACCGUAGCCCCGCUCAUCUGGGUGACCCCUCAAAGCAAGGAGCAGGCGUCUACAUUCAGAGAAGCGGCAGCGAGUCAGUCAGCAAACCGAGCGCCCGUGCAGGGCAGUUAGUGUCGCGGUCCUCAUCAUCUUCGCGGCCAGCAUCACCUCCCCUGGUCACGCAGCCUGGGCCGUCCAGGAAGGGCCUUCAGGUCCCUCUGCUCGACUUUGCACCACCCCUUGGGAGGCCAAGGGGACCCCCAGGGACCUCAGUGCGCCUCACCUACUCAACUCGGGCGGUGCUCUUCCUGGCGCCAUUCUGGGGACUGGAGGAAGAGGCCCCGGAGGGCUGAGCUGUGGGACUCGGGUGAAUCCGCCAGUGAUGAGAGGAAAAGGCCAUGGGCUCGGAGCUUGCCGUGGGAUGAGCUGAGGCCCCGGAAACAGGCGGCACAGGGGACACCCGGACAGGUGAGACCCUCUUCGUGACGUGUGACGGGGCCAUGUGGCCAGUGUUUAAACCUUCAACCUAUUACAGUAAAAGACACACGACCACGGGUCCCCUGGAGACCCUGCCCCUCACUGCAGACACUCAUUUCGCGUCCCAGACGCUUCCUGCCACAGCUCUGGAGCCCUCUUUCCUGAGUGUCUCUAGUUAUUCUGUCCUGGCUGCCUCCACGUCCAGAAUCUCCUGAAAAGCACCUCCCUUUCUGGGUCAGUUGGGUUGUGGGGAAGAGCCAGAAGUCAGCGCCAGGCGCCACGAGCAGGGGGCUGUGGGCACCGUGUCUUGAUUUUAGGAGCUGCCUUCCCUGGACAGCAGCCCUUGGGGUUCUGCGUCAUACAGACCCUCCUGAAGGGGCAGGGUAGACGCUGAGACACAGCCCCGUGUGUCAGCAAGGUUGGCCAGAGUGAGGAGGAAAGCAGCAGCCUUCCUUCUCACCCUGAGCCCCCAAAGGUUCCAUAGUCCUGUCCUCCCACAGGGCAAAAACGAAUGAAGGAGGAGGUGUCAUCUUCAGAGAAGUCUCCCAGCCACCGUCCACCUUGAGCUGGUCGACUAAAAACAUCCCCAGAAACUCCAACCUUGAACUCCCCUGAACUGCGGUCCAAGCUCUGCCCCUCUGCAUCCUCGGAAGACCUGUGCCCUGCUGUGUCUUCCCACUCUGGCCAAGAAGGGCUCGAGCUCUUCUCCACCCGUUGGGGCUGGAGCCUGUGGCAUUUGGACAGGAACUUUGCAAAUAAUAGUUCAGACAAAACAGUUAAGUUUCCGCUGGAGGAGUGCCGUGUUCAGCUUAAUACUUUCCCAGGGAUUGUUGUUUUGCUGAAAUGCACUUGAUACAUUUUAAGACAUGCACUUGUUUUCCCCUCCUUUUUUGCAUAAAGCUAGAAGCAGACAAGGUAGCAAAUGCCCUUGAGAUCAAAAGUCCUUUCUGGGCUGUGGGUUUAGCUCAGUGGUUCCACCGCAUGUCUCGCAAGGGCAAGGAACCAAGUUCAAUCCCCGGCACCAAAAAAAAAGUUAUUUCUGGGGCGGCAGGAUUUUCUCUCCACUAAGGGCAAAGGUUUCUGAGAGGGUGUAUGCUUCUCUGGCUGCUAGAAAAUCCCUGGUUAACUAAAGCACAGUUAGGGGAAUAUUAAACCUUGCUACCACCACCAUCGUCUUCUUUAGUCUGUCAGACUGAGCUUCUAGAACAACCCAGCCCUCCUGAUGAGCACAAAAGCCAUUAUGGUGUCUCCCCAGGGCUUUACCGUGCCCACUCGCCUGGCUGACGUGUGGGCUGGGUAUCUGUGUGUCCGAAUGUCUGUCUGUGACAUUCCAUUGUCGUUGGUUAUCUGCUGCCUUGGGGAAGAUCCCUCUGGAAUCUGUGUCCGUCUCUCUGACGCAGUCCACACAGCUGUGACGUGCAAAGAGAGAAGCCUGCCCCGUCUGCAGUGGUCUGGCUGCUCAGAAAGUAGAAAGAGAAAAAUUCUGCAGCACAAGUGUCCUCGUGAGGACCUGCCUCCUCCCUGCCUCCCUCCGUCCUCCUCUACCCCUUGGAGACUUGUCCUCAUCUCAGAAGUUUCCUUCAUGCACUCCCGAGGGGAUGGAACCUAACAAGCUGUCAGGGCUGUGAUGGUCAAGGUCUGACCCAAGAAACGGCUCUUCAGAAAGAGCCCCGCCACACUGCGGGGCCCCGGACAAGUUGCCUCCAGUCACCCUCAAGCAAACUCUCGUCUUCUUCCACUCUUGCAGGAUUCCCAGGGAACCUUGCAGAAACGGUUCCCCUGAGAUACUGCGGAGUCCCACAGCCCCUUUCGAGGAGUUAGACGUACAGGAUUUCGACAAAGCAAGACAGGCUGUUUACUCCACCCAUCAGAGAGCCACCACGGCCCCCGUGUCUCUCUCUCAACCUUCCAGUCCAGUGGUAGACAAGCAUUGCGAGCUACUUUUGUUCAUUCCUCCAAAGGACACCUUCCGAAGCUAGGGAAGUUUGUCCAUUCUCCCCCGUCCCAGAAGAAGGCAAGGGGGAAGCCAGGGAGGCAAGUCGCGAGGUCCUUUCGUAAACCACCGCCAUGUUUGCCAGAGCAGCGGUGGGAGAGCUGGACCCAAAGAGCUCUUGGUUUUUCUAAGCACUGCCCUGCCAAGGGCUGCUAUCUGGCCGUGGGAGGGGUGGGAAGGGUUAGGGGCUCGAGGGAAGACAUCGACCUUUGUAUGGAGCUGAUUUUAUAACCAUGCACUUUUGUAACUGUGAAGAAUUUUUCAUAAAUGUACAUUAAUAAUAAAGUGUAUAGUUUAACAAAUUUUCUUAAGAGUUGUGAAGAGGAGGCAGAGAGGGAGGCAGAGAAAGAGAGACAGAAAGGAACUAGGCGGAACCAGAAGACUGUGUGCCAAAAUAUACACACAAAAGGUCCAUGGGGAGGGAGAAGAUGGGAAUAAUUAGGAGAUGUGCCAGCCUUGAGGGGUUUGCGUGGGAGUAGAAGAAGCCUUUUUCAUCAUCGGAGAAGCCUUCUACCAGGCAGAAAAGAAUGUGCAUGUGUCUGCAUGCACAUGCCCCUGUGUGUAGGCAUAUUUUGGUAUCUGAAAUUACACAAGGAACAGAACAUAUGUUUUAUACAUGUUGGUGUUUGCAGUUUGGGUCAUUCAUAAAACAUGCCAAGGCAAGUGGGUAUGCCUGCCUAAUUAGCGUCCUCGGGGAUAAGUGGCAGAGACAUGGUCCAAGCCAGCAGCGUAGGCAAAUGGACAUUAGUUGGGGUGGACAGGUAAACCAGAUGUCUAAAUGAAUGGUGUGGGGGGCGGAC